AUGAAGACGGUUACUUGCACGGCCCCUGUGAAUAUUGCUGUUAUCAAAUACUGGGGUAAAAGAGACACUGAGCUCAUCUUGCCUACCAACAGCUCCUUAUCUGUUACGCUCUCUCAAGAUAUUCUUCACAGCAAGACAACUAUUUCUGCUGCCAAGGAAUACACUCAAGAUCGUCUCUGGUUAAAUGGCAAGGAAGAAGACAUUACUAAAAACAAGCGCAUGCACAAUUGCUUCCGUGAAACUCGUGCUAUUCGUAAGGCCAUGGAAGACAAGGCUGCGUCUGAAGGAAAACCAAUUGAGCCUCUUUCAACCUAUCACUUGCAUGUAUGCUCCGAAAACAACUUCCCAACUGCAGCUGGUCUUGCUUCCUCUGCCUCUGGUUUAGCUGCUCUUGUCUUUACCUUGGCUCAACUCUUUGAAUUGACCAUUUCAACCUCUGAAGUAUCUCGUAUUGCUCGUCAGGGCUCUGGAUCCGCUUGUCGUUCUCUGUUUGGAGGAUUUGUUGCUUGGGAAAUGGGUCAAAAGGAGGAUGGAUCAGAUUCGGUGGCUGUCCAAGUUGCACCUGAAUCUCAUUGGCCCGAGUUAGAAGCCCUGAUCUGCGUUGUUUCUGACGCAAAGAAGGGUACUUCUUCUACUGCCGGUAUGCAGAGUACCAUCAAGACGAGCACCUUGAUGAACGAGCGUAUCAACCAGAUUGUUCCUGCUCGUAUGGAAGCUAUGAAGAAGGCCAUCUUGGAAAGAGACUUUCAAACAUUUGCCGAAUUGACCAUGAGAGAUUCUAAUCAAUUCCAUGCUGUUUGUCUCGAUACCUAUCCACCCAUCUUUUAUAUGAACGACACUUCUCGUGCUAUCAUUCAGCUUAUUCAUGAAUACAACGCCUCCUCCCCUGAUGGUAAACUAAAGGCCGCUUAUACUUAUGAUGCCGGGCCAAAUGCGGUCAUUUACGCUUCCAAGGAACAUAUGCCCGAAAUCAUUCAACUGAUCGGUCACUAUUUCCCUAGCAACAAGGAACUCUCCGAGUUCUUCGCUGAUCCUUAUAACGUCGCUCAAGGAACCAAGCUCGGCCAAGACUUUAUCCCCAAGACACACACCAACUUUAACGAAAAGGUCAUCCCUGUUCAACCUGCGGGCAGUGUCAGUCGUUUACUUCAUACUAAGGUGCACGAUGGACCUCGUGUGCUGUCUGAAGCUGAUUCACUCUUGAACGCCGAGGGUUUGCCUAAACGUCUUGCAUAA